GUCCGGCCCAAUUGAAGCUGCUGACCUCCCGGCGUGCAUUGUGUGGACUAAAUCUGCUUUCUGCAUGAGUUCCACCCACCAGCAUUUAUUAGUGCGCACACACGCACCUAGCUGCGUCCCCCUCUGCCCCCCUCCCACCCCAGUUCUGGUUUAGCGUUUUCGGGAAGAAUAGGGUUUGAAGUCAGUCUUUUACCGGAGCCAUGCGGGGCCAAGCGGGACUUCACAGCUCGACUAUGUGGAGACAGAAUCUUGUGCCAGCAUGUCUCGUUUUUCUGCUGACGUUCGCCGACGCCUCGCGAUUUCUGAGCCAGAGCAAAGCAUCGCACUUCUUGAGCCGACACAAGAGGGCCAACUCUCUUUUUGAAGAGCACAAGAAGGGCAAUCUGGAGAGAGAAUGCAUUGAGGAGCUAUGCAACAGAGAGGAAGCAAGGGAGAUCUUUGAGAACAUCCCUGAGACGGAGUACUUUUACCCAAGGUAUGUUGUGUGUCUGGGCUCCCACAGAGUUGGCGCCAGCAGCGACAAUUCUGAUUCUGUCAUCCCAUCGGAUCUUCGAACCUGCGUGAAAGAAAUCAGCAAUCAAUGCACGCCAUUUCCAUGCUACAGGGAAGGAACUGAGCGCUGCGUGGAUGGUAAAGCCUCCUAUACGUGUGUGUGCAAGCCUGGCUGGAAAGGGCAAAGCUGUGAGAAAGACAUCGAUGAGUGUUCAGAUUCCGAGUUUCCAGCAGGAUGUAACCACAAUUGUUACAAUAUUCCUGGAAGUUUUCAUUGUACGUGUAAAGACGGCUACUAUCUCAGCGACAACAUCAACUGUGUGGAUAUCAAUGAGUGCCUAAUGUAUCCAAGUAUUUGUGAUGAGCCUUCUAAAUGUGUCAAUACACCUGGCAUGUUUGAUUGUGUGUGUCCAACUGGAUUCAAAUACAACUUCACUUCAAAAAGCUGCAUUGAUGUUGACGAGUGCCAGGUGAGCAUGUGCGAGGGCACUUGCAUCAACAAUGUGGGCAGCUACAACUGUCAUUGCGAUGGCCGCCAGGGUCUCCGCUUAGCAGAUAACAAGCACAACUGUGAAAGGAUCCCAGUUUGUGUGCAUUUGUCUGACUAUAAAUACGCUGAGAUGUUGUACCUGGGGGAGCAGUUUGUAGGGCUUCCUGUGAUAUAUCUUCUCUUCCGUCUGCCAGAGACAACAAAGUUUGCAGCAGAGUUUGACUUCCGCACAUUUGAUCCAGAGGGAGUCAUUCUCUUCGCAGAAUCCUCCCAGGAUUCGUGGUUCAUGCUAGGACUACGAGGCGGCCGCAUCGAAGUCCAGUUCAAAACUCAGCACACGUUAAAGGUCACCAGUGGAGGCAAAGCCAUCAACGAUGGACAGUGGCAUGUGAUCUCUGUGGAUGAACUGGAGAAGAGCAUCAGUGUGAAGAUCAGCAAGGAAGCUGUAAUGAGCAUCACCAGUCCAGAGAGCCUAUUCACUGGGGUUAAUGGCAAACUGGAGACUAAAGUUUACAUUGCUGGUCUUCCCAACCGCACUAACAGCAUCAUAAAACCUAUCAACCCACGACUUGAUGGCUGUAUCCGAGGUUGGAACAUGAUGAACCAAGGAGCAUCUGGGGUGAAGGAGGUCAUCCAGGAGAAGAAAAGUAAACAAUGUCACGUUCAUGUUGAACGCGGAUCAUUUUUCACCGGUGAAGGCUUGGCACGCUUCAAUAUUGACUAUAAUGACUCUGGAAGCUGGAAGGUGGAUUUAAGGAUGAAUAUACGGCCUUCAAGCAGUACCGGUGUCAUCUUUGCUCUAGUUUCCAACAACAGAGUCCCACUGUCGCUGGCCGUGCUAACAGAGGGCGAAUAUGACGCUAACCUGCAAGUUUUCUUGGACGGCGUUUCGGUGGCUACACUGCACUCAAUGCUGUUGUGUUAUCCUGACCGAUUAACAGUGUUGCUGAGUGUAACUCAAACAGAAAUUUCAAUCUCAGCCAACUCAUCGACUGUCAAGAAAAUAUUGCCUGAUGCCCAGCAGGUGGCACUGCAGCACCUCAAUUCCUCCAUGCAGAACCCAGUCAGCACCUACAUUGGUGGGAUACCAGAUGAUGUCCCAUUGGAUUCCACCCCAGUAACAGCCUUUUAUCACGGCUGCAUGGACAUCUCUGUCAACGGCCAGAUGUUGGACUUUGACGAGGCCUUGAGCAAACACAACAGCAUUAAGUCCCAUUCCUGUCCUCCUGCUUUGACCUCAGAAACAGAUGCCCCUCAGCCACAUGGAGAGUGACCUUGAUUAACACCCCCGCCACUCACACUAGGCAGCAGUGUCCUCUCGCUUGUGGGAUAUUUAAAAUGUAGGACACGGAUUGGAGGAUGUAGGAGGUAAAAAUUUAUCAAGAAAAGGAGAUAGUUUUCAAAAGUCAUAGUUGAAUUUGCCACACCUAUAAUGCUUUGUUUCAAUUACGUGUGAUGUAUGACGACAGCUACUUUGCUGGAAGCUGGAUGAUGUACUUGUAACAUUGUUGCAAUCAAGGAAUUCCAAGAAAUGUUCGCUAACAGCAAAGCUCUGUAGCACGCAUAACAUGUGUUGAGCAAGAGAGUAGUGCUUGUUGCACAUGAAUACCAGGCUCUGAGGCCACCUGCUGCCUUGCCUCUGUCGCUGGUUGUCGAUGUGCUUAGUAUUCCCAUCGAAUCACUUGUUUGGAUGAAUAACUUGAAAUAAACAUUUUUAAAACAUUUUUUAACCAUCCAAAUU